AUGCGGUUGAAGGAUCCACAAUUAUAUUUCAAGGCAUGUCACGAUUCAAGAGGUUUGUUACGUAAUUUGUUCUGGUCUGAUGGGAUUAGCCAACUAGACUACCGACUCUUCGGGGAUGUUAUAGCUUUUGAUGCUACGUACAAGAAGAACAAGUAUAGUUGUCCAUUAGUCAUAUUCAGUGGGGUUAACCACCACAACCAAACAAUUAUUUUUGCUGCUGCAUUAAUUGCGGACGAAACUACUGAUACAUAUAUUUGGCUCUUGCGUCAGCUCAUGUUUGCAAUGAGGGGCAAGACCCCGACCUCAAUCAUAACUGAUGGGGCCAUGGCGAUUAGGAAUGCAGUGAGAGAUGUAUUUCCCGAAGUCAGACAUAGAUUAUGCGCUUGGCACCUUAUUCGAAAUGCAACUAGCAAUGUUGGGAAUCCAUCGUUUACAUCUAAAUUUAGAAAAAUUAUGACAGGAGACUAUGAGAUUCCCGUGUUUAAGCGUAAGUGGGUUCAGCUUAUUGAAGAAUUUGGCAUUGAGGAUAAGCCGUGGGUGAUCAACAUGUACGAAGAGAAGCAUAUGUGGGGUACUGCAUAUCUAAGAGAAAAAUUCUUUGCUGACUUUAGAACUACAUCAAGAUGUGAAGGUUUACACUCAGUUGUGGGAAGGUAUGUGGGGUCGCGGUAUGAUUUGACGAGUUUUGUAGAGCAUUUUCAAAGGUGUGUAGCACACAUGCGCUUUAACAAAUUUAAUGCUGAUUAUGAAUCUACACGUGGGGUGCCUGUCAUGAAAACUUGUAUAGAGCUGCUAGAGAGAUAUGCUGCUGAGUUAUACACUCAUGAGAUAUUUCUUUUCUUUCGGCCAUUUCUCUCCAGAGCUGGAUCAAUGCGGGUUCUGAACAUAGAUAAUACCGAUGAUUGCAUAAAGUACAUUGUGUGUAAGCAUGGGAGGCCCGAUUUUAUGUGGACCGUUGAUUUUUGUCAAGAAGAAAUGAUCUUCAUUUGUACCUGUUUAAGAAUGGAGUCAUUUGAAAUUCCCUGCAAACAUAUUGUGAAAGUUCUGGUUGACAGAGACAUCCGUGAGAUUCCCCGGUCAUUGGUAUUGGAUAGAUGGACAAAAAAGGUUAAAUCAGCACUCAAUGAUCCGUGUGGAUUCACCAGGGAUGCUGUUGUUAUUAGUCGUCAAAGUGCUUUGGUGGAAUUUUCUAAACAACUGGCUGCUGUUGCUGCUAAAGUACCAGAGAGAUAUGAAGAGACACGUGAUUUAAUUAUGGGAUUGUACUCAUCUUACAAGGCUGCAGACGAAGGAGAUAAUCAACCUCACUCAGGUGUAGCUAGAAGUAGCAAUCCGUAUGUGCAUCCAACCACUGGAGGCUCAGGACAGCCAUCUAAGAAGAAGAAGCGGCAACGUUGUAGUGUUUGUCAAAUGGAAGGACAUAAGAAGACAACAUGUCCUUGGCAAAAGGACAUUGACAACAACGUUAUAGAAAAUGAAGCAAUCGGUUUGGACGAUGGCGACAUGUGUACCGAAGCGACAGCUGAGUUAGAUAGUGAUAUUCUGAAAACCGGACUGGACCGUCCAGUCGAUUCCGGUUCAAUUGAGAACCAGCAAUGUAAGCGAUCUGGUCCUUCAUUUAUAACCGUUCGAAAUAAAACCGCUGAAAAACCUCUGAAUUGGCCGAGAAUCGGUCGGGUGGACCGGACCGGUAACCGGCAGCAAAGGAACCCUAGCCCUCCAUCGUCGCCGCCGUUUCCAGUUCAUGAGCGCCGCCGCCGUCUCCAGUUCCUCAGCACCGCCGCUUCUUCCUCUUCCCCGUGUCCGGAACCCAUGCUGCCGCCGUCCGUGCUGUCGGCGUCGUCCGUGGCCUGGCCCUCUCUUGUAGCUCGGCGUCCUGCUUUCCCGUCAUCCGUCCGACCUCCGUGGCUUAUCUGUUUUGUUGGCUUGGAGCAACUUGCUGCCGUAUCACCGCUCGCCGUCGUCUCCCGAGUAGCCGUCGUCUCCCUGGUCGCCGUCCGUGCCUCCAUCGAAGGAAAUUAUUUGACGUAUAUAAGAAUUAAGAAGGAAGAUUAUCCUAACAGCUACUCUGUUGAUUGA